UCCAGCAAACUGUGAUGGUUAAUUUGUUUUUGUAAAUCAUUUAYAAGUUCUAAUUACAAAUACAUGGAUCAAUACAACACAUUUCACAAGGUGURCUGCUAGUGGGAAUUUCUUUCUACAAAGUAACGACUGUAAUUCAGGCACGAGGCUGCAUGCUAACUGGAGGUCAAAGCUAUCAAAAUUAAGUCACGGUUUCGGUUUUGUAACAUGCAAAGUGAAACUACUAUCUAGCUAGUCUUUUCACAGUUUCGAUGAUUGUCAAACACUUUUUAGAUAUAMACUUAAAAUAACACCAAUUCCAUCAUCAGUCAUCUAAGAAGAUGGGGUUGAAGGAGAUUCCAACUGAAAGUAUUGCCCAGCCCUUGGGCCGGAAUGAAGUCUUUAGUUUACUCUUCCGACUGACCAUAUUUGGUGCAGUCACUUACUUCACCAUAAAGUGGAUGGUUGAUGCCAUUGAUCCCACAAGGAAACAGAAAAUGGAAGCACAGAAACAGGCAGAGAAACUCAUGAAGCAGAUCGGUGUGCAGAAUGUCAAGCUCUCAGAGUAUGAGAUGAGCAUUGCAGCACAUCUGGUGGACCCGUUGACCAUGCAGAUCACAUGGAGUGAUAUUGCUGGCCUAGAUGAAGUCAUCACUGAGCUGAAAGACACUGUCAUACUUCCKAUCCAGAAGAGACACCUYUUCAAGGGAUCCAGACUGCUUCAGCCACCAAAAGGUGUGCUGCUGUACGGACCACCUGGCUGUGGGAAGACGCUGAUCGCCAAAGCAACUGCCAAAGAUGCUGGUUUCCGCUUCAUCAACCUGCAGCCUUCCACCCUCACAGACAAGUGGUAUGGAGAGUCCCAGAAACUGGCUUCUGCCGUCUUCUCUCUAGCCAUUAAGCUUCAGCCCUCAAUCAUCUUCAUAGAUGAGAUUGACUCUUUCCUCAGAAGCCGUUCCAGCUCUGAUCACGAGGCCACAGCCAUGAUGAAGGCUCAGUUCAUGAGCUUGUGGGAUGGGCUUGAGACGGACUAUAACUGCCAGGUCAUCAUUAUGGGGGCCACUAAUCGUCCACAGGAUCUCGACUCCGCCAUUCUGAGGAGAAUGCCCACAAGAUUUCACGUAAAUCAGCCUAAUUGCAUGCAGAGGGAAGAAAUCUUGAAACUCAUAUUGAAAAAUGAAAAUGUGGAUCCUAGUGUUGACUUUGUUGACAUGGCGAAGGAAACUGACGGAUUCUCAGGAAGUGAUCUCCGAGAGAUGUGUCGGGAUGCUGCCCUGUUAUGUGUGCGGGAUUUUGUCCAUAACACCCAUGCCGAUGAAAGGAUCCAGGAUCAAAUCCGGUCCAUCAAUCAGGACGACAUGCAGACUGCCAGGCAGAAGAUGAGGAAGUCGAAGUCGGCAGACGGACAGACGGUUCUGAUUCAUUCUACUCUGGAUUGAGUCUUAACAUGCAAAGGAGAACUAUUAAGCGCCUGGAUAUGCUUUCCUUAUUAUUUUCUAUGUAUGUAGAGUACUUACUGGUGGAGAGAACUUGAAGAGAUAUACAUAAGUGUAAUGUCUAUCAUAACAUCACUUUGUAACGUCUUAGCUCAUCAUUUGUUAUUUUAAGAACAUUUAGUUCAAUGCAUUCAACAUGAAAUAUUUCUGUCAAAAUGCUAUUUGUUAUGUGGAAGUUAGGCGUUACAUGAUACUUAUGUUGGCAUUAGUGUCUUAUGUAUCUGGCCAAUCAAGGUCUCACUGAAACUGGCUCUGAGACUGCAAAAUAUGGGCACAGCCAUGGAUCCUUUCAGGUUUGAUAGUACAUAAUCACCUCCCUAUUACUUAUGACACACAGCAAUAUUGACUUAGCCUUGGGCUUUUAUCUGAACAUCACAUGUUGCUUCUUUUGGUACUGUAUGUUUAGGGCUGUUUUUCUUCAGGAAAGCUGUUUAUCGAACUAGUGUAACAUCUGUAAUAAAAUUUGCCACUGUCAUCGUUCAACUAUUAGCUAAUUGUACAUUGAGUGGUUCUCAGAAUUAUGAAUUAGAUCACAAGUUUUAUCAGAACAAUUCAACUCCUAUUUGAAAGUGAAUUAUCACUGUGGAUGUUGUGAAGAGAGCAUGGUACCAGAUGCAAAGAUGUUUGAGUAAAGUGACAUGGCCUUCCAUUUCCUCAUAGUAACUUACUGUAGAUUUAUUUACUUCAAUAUCAUGAGCUGCUUAUGUUAAGGUGUGUACUUCGGUUUUUAAAACUUCAAUAUAUCAGGAAACCUGCAUUGUGCUUUCAAGUCCUUUAUGCCCAGGAUUCAUUUACAGUAGAAUCUAAUAACUGCUUUUGGUGAUUGUCAUGUCUUAUAGUUUCUGUUUAUCCCUUGUGAUGACCAAUGGUUGAUUAUUUCUACAUGACAAACUUCCAGUAUCUACCACAUGCAACAGCCAUUGCAAUCUAUUGAAUGUGUGAGUGACAAGUUUUCUAUGGAUGUUUUGGGGGGUUGGGAUUGGUGGAACUUUGGUUUAGGUAAAAUGCUUGCUUUGCUUUUUAUAUUGACUAAUUAUUUUUUAGAAUUUGUUUUACCCUGAAUUCUGGGUAUCUGCUAAAAUAAAUUACACCAAUGUUG